CUAUAAGUGCUUUUACUGUCAAGUAAGAAUGUCUAGUAGUUAUUCAGCCUAAAGCUUAAAGCAUUUAAUAAAUGCUACCUUUAAAAUAUCAACACAACAAAAGUCAGGGUCAUUUUUGGGUGGACAAUGACACUUUACCAUUCAGGCUACUAUUGAUGGCAUUUUGAUAAAGUAGGAAUAAUGUUCUGGGGCUGUUUAAUAGUUUGGGCUGGAUUAGUUCUACUGAAGGAAAAUCGUAUGCUACAAAGCUUAGGUUGUCCUGAAAAAAGGUAGAAGCAUUGUUAAUACUAUAGUAAUAAAAGUGUUAAGCACCUAGUCUGUUUCCAGGAACUUGUCAUGAUUUACAUAAUCCCUCCCCUCUAUCCCAGUGCAGCUACAGACAGAGAUGUCUAGCAUUGCACUUACAGACAAGUGUAUGACACAGAAUAUAGCCAUGAUCCUUCACUACACAUUGCAGUUUCUUGAUUUAAAAAGCUGCCUGGUUGGCAUUGUUGUUUUCUUAUUACUUCUUGAUAUAAUAAGAAAUAAAAAUCCACCAAAAUUUCCACCAGGACCCAUGCCAUUACCUUUUGUGGGGAAUAUCAUUACUGCACUUGACUUCAAAACCAUAGAUAAGCUAACUAAGGAGUAUGGAGAUGUUUUCAGCCUACGACUGGGAAGUGAGAAAACAGUGUUUAUCUCUGGUUACAAAAUGGUGAAGGAGGCCCUCGUUACUCAGCUCGACAGCUUCGCUGACCGUCCUGUUAUCCCCCUUUUUCAAAAACUCUUUAAAGGACUUGGUGUUGGCCUGAGUAAUGGGUACCUGUGGAAGAAUCAGAGGAAGUUUGUCAUCACACAUCUGCGCUCUUUUGGUGAAGGAAAAAAGGGAAUCGAGCUGAGCAUCCAGCAAGAGAGCAACUUCCUAUGUGAUGCCUUCAAAGCAGAACAGGGUCCUUUUAAUCCUCAGUUCUACCUGUACAAUGCAAUCUCAAACAUCAUCUGUGCUUUAGUUUUUGGCCAUCGCUUCGAAUACCAUGAUGAGAAGUUUCAGAAUAUCUUGAAUUUGGACUCUGAAGCCAUCAUGUUGGCAGGUUCUGUCCAUGCUCAAUUGUAUAAUAUCUUCCCUCGCCUCUUUGAGUACCUUCCUGGCCCACAUCAGAAGAUGUUUUCUAACUAUGAAAAGAUUAAGGACUUUCUAAAAGAUGAAAUAAGAAAACACAAAGAGGACUUGGAUCCCUCAGAUCCACGAGACUACAUAGACAACUACCUUUUAGAAAUAGAGAAGAAAGACAGUGACCCUGAGGCUGGUUUUAACAUUGAGACAUUAUUGGUUGCCAUGUUGGACCUGUUUGAAGCAGGGACAGAAACCACAGCUACUACACUACGCUGGGGUCUACUCUAUAUGAUAAAGUACCCUGACAUUCAGAAAAAGGUACAGGAAGAGAUUGAUAGAGUGAUCGGACAGUCACGUCAGCCCAGCAUGGCUGACAAGCCCAACAUGCCCUACACCGAAGCAGUCGUCCAUGAGAUUCAACGGUUCGGCAACAUUGUUCCUUUGGGUUUAACAAAAAUGGCCUGUAAAGAUACCACCCUGGGUGGAUACUUCAUACCUAAGGGCACAUCUGUGAAUACAAACCUGUCAUCUGUGCUUAAUGACAAGACCAUGUGGGAAACACCAGAAAAAUUCAAUCCAGGACACUUUUUGAAUGAUAAAGGCCAGUUCGUAAAGAAGGAUGCCUUUCUGCCUUUUUCAGCAGGAAGGAGAGCAUGCCUGGGAGAACAGCUGGCUCGUAUGGAACUCUUCUUGUUCUUUACAUUUCUUCUACAGCGCUUUACAUUUUCCCCUGGUCCUGAAGAGAAAUUAAGUCUGGAGGGACAGUUGGGCUUUACUUAUGCACCUCAACCCUUUCGCAUGGUUGCAGUCUUAAGAUGAGACCUCACAGACCGGAGGAAGUUGUAGUUUUUGUGAGAAACAAUCCACACAGAUUUCAGAUGGUGACUAUUUAGAAAAGUGAUGUAAUUUUUUUUUAUCCAGUCUAAAUAUUUACAAUAAAAUGUAUGGUCAUUGGCA